GUGGCACUUUAUGUUACAACCGCUCUUGAUGUCUGAUAAAAAGAACUGUGAUCAUAAAAAUUAUCAGCGCCUGGUUUUUAUCUAAUUUCAAUUACUCUAUUUUGAAGCUAUGACAGUAAUUUUUAUGCGUGUACUAAUAAGCUGUCAUUGAGGCACAUGUUUACCAUUUGGAUUACCGAUACAUUAAUAAGACGCUGUCGUUCAACACGAGCCGUUGGCGUCUGUCGUCACUCGUCAGACUGCAGUACGCGCCACGAACUUCUGAAGUACAAAAUAUAUGCAGCCUAGUUGACCACAACAAAAUUAAAAGUGAUUUGCAGAAAUGUCAAAACAUAACAAGACCUACGGCAAACGAGGAGCAUCUGCCCCUGUAGCAAGUAUUCAAUUUGAUAAAGUGAUCACUGAUAAUAACAAAAGACCCUCCGCUUCAAAAUCUGCUGGAGUUGUGGGCAAGUGGGGAACCACAUCUUUUACAUCACUGAGAAGUAGCCAAGUAAAUGGUAGUAAAACAGGUAAAAGAGGGAUGAGCCCUGUCAAAUGCCUACCGGUAGAAUAUGGAUUGACAAGUCACACAUCAACAGCUUUAAACACUGGACUAGAUGCCUUUAAUUUUGAACCUGGUGUGAAUACGACUACCAAUUGUACAGCUCAACCUAAACCGAGAAAAUUUUUUAAAUCGCGGGCAGUGGAAGAUGUUACAAAAAACACCUCAAAUGUACAAAAUUCAUCUCAAUCAUCAAAUUUUGUUGAUUAUCCAUCAAACCACGGUGAAAUCCUUGGUAGUGCCAAUUUCUACCCAGCAUCGUCUGGUGGAGUAGGUUAUCUCUCCCCUACGUACACAUCACCGACAUCCAAAACUACAACAAAGCGAGGAAGAGGACGCCCGAAAGGGGCUCGAGUAACGAGUCCACGUGGAUCUGCCGUUGCGACAAGCUAUAAACCCAAUCCCGGAAGAGGAGUAGCGCCACGCGGAAGACGCCGAGUCAAAAACAACCGUUCCGUUCGAGGACAACAAUCUGGUGGCCGUGGCAAACGAAAGCGGGCUAAAUGGGAAGGUGAAUCAGAGUCCGAAGGUGAAGAAGAAGAAGAAGAAGAAGAAGCUGAAGCUGCAAAUUCAGAACUGGAAGAACCUUUGACCUUAGUCAGGGAAACCGACCUCGAUGAAAAAGAAGAAAAGUUGGAAAGAAAUAAUGGUGUUGAAAGUUUGAACGAUAGCAAAGAAGAAUGUAAACCGCCGAUCAAGCUUCGUAUAAUCCGUCGGAAUGACACGAAUGCUUUUGUAAGCAAAGUGGGAACUGAACCCGAUAAGGAAACAAGUGAGAUUGUUACUCCUCCCGUCAUAGAAAUGCCCAAAGAAGAGGUUUCACUACCAGUGGAAUGCCCCGAGAAAGUUGUUGAUGUUCCAACAGAAGAAAAAAUGGCAAUAUCUCCGGAAGUACCUAUAAAGAGAGAAAGUCCAGAGCAUUGUCCAUCCAUUGAAGAGGAAGAGACCUUUCAGAAGCCAGUCAUUCCAGAUGAUGUCAUAACAGUGCACAAGGAAGAAAUAGCUAGCAUAGACUCGUCUGCAAUUCCUCCGCCAACUGUUCAACAUCACCAAAGGAAGUCGAGUAUUUUUAAGAGUCGAGGCAUCUCGACACAGCCUCCAGUGGACAAAAAUUCGUUGGUUAAAGGUGAAUCUUCAGUUGCUGCCAAAGGCAAGAAAGGUCUCGCUCUUUAUCGUCACACUUGGCAUGAGGAUGACGCACGGAAAGCAGCGUCGACAGAAUCUGACGGUGUAUCAGCCGCCGCUGCUCUGUUAUCAUCGACAGGAUUGUCCCCAGAAGAUCAGCAACAUCCUCACUCCUCACCUUGGGACGAGUUAGGGGAUGAGCCAGAGGGACCACCUCCUAAACUUUCUCGUUUAGGUGCAUUGUCUUCGAAUUCUCUUUCCUCAGUGCCCCAGAAACUUGCCCAUUCCUCGGAACUCGACGGAGAAGAACUCUCAGAGGCCAAUAGUAGCGUGCGCUGCCCUCGCAAAGUCAAAGAUUAUUAUACGGUGGUGCGUAACGUAAAAAAAGCACAUCAGAUACAAGAAUCUGGGGAGUUUCAAGAAUUUAAUGACGAUGUUGACUACAUUCUUGAUGCACUUCAAGAUCGAAACCCUACAGCCACGAGAUGUCUUUCUGCCAUGAGCCUAGCCUCAAAGUGCAUGGAACCUGCUUUCCGAAUGCAUCUUCGAGCACAUUCUACAGUAGCAAAAUUUUUCAAAGCGCUCAAGGAUGCUCCUUCAAAAGCCAGUGUUGCCCUAUGCACGUCGUGUAUCAUGUUUGUUCUCACUCAAGAUCGACUAAACAUGGACUUGGACCGUGACAGCCUAGAACUUAUGCUUAACCUUCUCGAAAUCGAUGCUGGUCAGGUUGAUCCGAUGGAAGGCAAAGAAUUAGAAAAAAAUAAGCUUAAAGUACGGGAACUGUGCGAAGAAAUGGUUCGUAAGGGCCACGCUCCGCAUUUGCAGCUUGAUCAUAUAACAGCUGCCCAGCUUGCUAUGGAAACACUCUUAAGCUUGACUUCGAAAAAAGCCGGCGAAUGGUUCAAAGAAGAGCUGCGUGUUCUAGGUGGUCUCGAUCAUAUUAUCCAAACCGUGACCGUUUGUACAGCCGUUCUCACCUCUCCAUCCGAUGGAAUCUCAAAUUGGGAAUGGGAUAAAUGUCGACUUGAUGCCCUUAAAAAAGUUGAUCGAUGCCUGAGGGUUUUAGAAAAUGUGACAUUCCAAAAUGAGGAAAAUCAGAAUUACUUAAUGGAGUUCUCCAACGGACGUCUGGUCGAUGGCACUCUAAAUCUGCUGAUGCUGCUUUGUAGAGAAGUUGCGGUAUUUUGGCCAGCCGGAAGUAAGGUUUCAUUGAGCAAUCUCCUGAGCGAAACUCUUUCCAAUCUGAUGAAGGUGGUAAUGAAUCUUACUCACGAUAGCAACGAUGACUCCGUUGGUAGUAAAGUUUACGGAAAUAAAUCCCUUACGUGGGAUACGACUUUUGUGUGUCUUCUUCAGACAUCACUAUGUCUGCCCGAAGAUAAAUCUUUUGAUGUUAUGACUCUGGCAUUAGGAAUAUUGAUCAAUUUGGUCGAGCGCUCUUCAAGCAACCGCGAUCGACUGAUGACCGUCACAGUUCCAGUCAAUGGCGAAGACGAAAUGGGCAACAAAACCAUAGCCAUAAGGGCUUUGAUUGACCUUUUCAUUAGAAAGGAAGACAGUGCUCGUUUAGAAGAAGCGCGAACUGACGAGAUUUUGGACGGUAAACCUGAUCAAACUGAUGCUGGUACAGCUAAACCUACCCCUACUGGUUCGAGUGAACCUCCAUCAAAUAAUACCGGAAAAACGCAAGAAGAUGCCAUGGAAGAAACAGUUAAGAAAUUAUUGCAUAAAGCAGGUCGACACAUGGAAGACAGCAUGGUCGCUGCAUACGUCGCACUAUUAUUAGGAUAUGUUGUGAUGAACAAUACGGAAUAUGAAAAUCAAGUCAAAGAACUACUUCCAGAAAAGAAAUUUACACAAAUGAUCGUUGUUUUGAAAAAGUUUUACGAGUUUCUUAAAUUAACUGCAAACGCUGUUACGAGUACCAGAGGAUUAAAAAACACUCAAAUGGUCAUCAAAUUCAUGGAAACAAGCGACAAAGUUCAAACUGCCGGCAAUUUUAGGUGAAAAAAGAACUGCAGCACGUUUCACUUGACGAAAACAUAAAAUUUUAUAAACCGAUGGAACUCCUACAUUUGGAGAUCGAUGAAAUCCUUUAUCGUUCUGGUUUGGUUUUCAUCAACUGAACUGUGUUACUGGUUUUCGGGUAUGGCAUUGUAAUGCCAUGAUCGUAUCGUACAGCGAUUUCAAAUUGUUUCUUAUUUAAUGUAAAUUGCAAUGAUCUUCUCAGUUUCCUUUCGUGUAAUAAUACAUUAGUUUUGUAUUUGAA